AUGGCAGCGUUAGAAGUUAGGCCUGCACCGGCGACAGCAACAGAUGUUUUUAAGCGAGGAAAGUACACAGCGAAAUCCAUAACAACUUGUAACGCUCCAAAGACAUUGUUUAUUGUAACACCAGACACUGAAGGAACAUACCCAGUUCUCCUGUUUCUUCAUGGCUACAACAUCUGCCCCUGUUGCUGUACGAACCUCCUUGAGCAUAUUUCUUCUCAUGGAUAUAUUGUUGUGGCUCCUCGGAUCCUAACUGGUGUCCCUCAUUCCUCCAAUCUGGAUAUCCCGGUUAUGGUAAUCGGUACGGGUCUUGGGGGUGAGUCUGCCAUCGGCUGUAUACCAUGUUCUUGUGCUCCUGAUAGUCUCAACUACGCGGAGUUUUUCAACGAGUGCAAGGAUAAUUGCCUUGGCUUUGUUAUUCCAGAUUAUGUGGAGUACAGGCAACCCCAUGUUUAUGAGCUGUUAGUAAAAAGAAAAGUCCUCAAAGACGCCGUGUUUCGGCACGUGGACAUAGAUGGCAAUAGUGCACUACAUCUGGCUGCAAUGCUUGGAGAGAAUAAGCCUUGGCUUAUACCUGGUACCGCUUUGCAGAUGCAGUGGGAAAUAAAGUGGUACGAGUUUGUUAAGAGGUCCGUGCCACAACAUUUCUUUGUACGCUGCAACCAGAAGGGUGAGACUGCAAAGGAUAUCUUCACCGAGAAACACAUGGAUCUUGCCCAAGCUGGUGGUGAAUGGCUGUUCAAAACCUCUGAGUCAUGCUCCGUGGUGUCAGCCCUCAUUGCAACCGUGGCCUUUGCAACGUCUGCCACUAUGCCAGGUGGGGUGAAAGAAAAUGUUGGAACACCAACGCUAGAAGACGAGCCGGCAUUUGACAUUUUUGCCAUAUCUUUUCUUGUUGCGCUUUGUUUCUCAGUCAAUGCUGUGAUCAUGUUUCUUAUCAUUCUAACCUCUCGACGCCAAGAGAGAGAUUUUCGCAUCUACUUGCCAAGGAAACUUCUAGUAGGCUUGACAUCGCUCUUUGUGUCCAUAGCUUCCAUGCUAAUCUCUUUCUGUGCCGGACAUUACUUUGUCCUUAUGGAUAAACUGCACUACACUACCAUUCUUGUAUAUGCAGUAACCUGCCUUCCAGUAAUCUUCUUUGCCGUGGCACAGUUUCCUCUGUACUUCGAUCUUAUGUGGGCCACUUUUAAGAAGGUGCCACAGCGAAGCUACAAGGUGGCUCCUCUCUAAUGUUUUGCCUUACAUAGAUUUGACUUCGUUGUUUUGGGCUUGUGGAUUCCAUGUUUUAGCGGGUGGUGUCUUCUUAGUGAUGGUGAGAAGAGAUUUUAUUGAUAUUAAGUUUAUGUACAAGUGUCUUCUUCUAUAUUAAAUGUUAUGUGAUUAAAUGAUAUGAUGGACUAUUGAAUUUGUGGUUACAAUUGAAUUGAGCCAUUAUAAACCUUGCUUACAAAAAGCAAGAUGCC